UUUAUUCUAAAAUCUGUGAAGAUGAAGUUUGAAAAUUUGUUGGCUGAGGUGGGAGGUUUUGGAAAAUUUCAGAUCAGUCUCAUCCUUAUUAUGGUUAUUCCGAGAGUCACUUUACCGUUUCACUUCCUAUUGAUCAACUUCAUCGCUGCCAUCCCAUCUCACCACUGUGACAUCAGCAGUCUGGAUGCUGAUGGGAUCUUUGGGAAUCUGACUCAGAAGGAAAGACUGACUGUCAGUAUUCCGGCACACGAAGAUGGGACUCCUGCUUCCUGUCACAUGUUCUCUCAUCCUCAGUUUCAUCUGCUGUCAAACGCAUCCAGCAUUACAGAUCUUCCUGUGGUGGAGUGCCAGAAUGGAUGGGAGUACGACAACAGCACUUUUAAAUCCACCCUGUCUACAGAGUUUGAUUUGGUGUGCAACAGGAGAGGUCUGAAUAAAGCCACAGCCACCAUCUUCUUCAUUGGUGUAAUGGUUGGAGCAGCAUUUUCUGGAUGGCUGAGUGACAGGUUUGGUAGGAAGCCCAUGCUCAUGGUGUCUUACCUCAUAACUGCUGCCUUUGGUGUAGCCAGUGCAUUCUCCCAGUCAUUUAUCAUGUUUGCUAUAAUGAGGUUCUUCACUGGACUGGGCAUUACAGGCAUCAGCAUCAUCACCAUUGUUCUGUGUAUUGAAUGGGCUGACAUCGAGCACAGGACGUUUGCUGGAGUUAUAAUCAGUCUCGACUGGUCGAUCAGCACUAUGAUAUUGCCAGGCAUUGCUUAUUUUGUCAAAGACUGGAGAAGUCUUGUACUCGUGGUAACAGCUCCCCUCGCACUGGCUGUGAUCACAUGGAGGUGGAUCCCAGAGUCAGCACGAUGGCUGAUUGUUAAUGGAAAGCUGGAAGAAGCUCAUCUUUACCUAAGCAAAUGUGCCUCAGUUAACAAAAGAGAAAACAGCCUCAAAGAUAUCAAACCGCAGACCCUUGCUGCUGUUAUAAUCACUGAAAAUAAAGGAGACAGAAAAUACUCAUGUCUGGACCUGAUAAGAUCUCCAAAUAUGAGGAAGCUAUCUGUCCUCUCAGGAAUCACCUGGUUUGGAGUAGCAUUCACGUACUACGGUAUCAGUUUGAACAUAACUGGCUUCGGAUUGGACCUGUACCUAACCCAGUUUAUUUACGGUGCCAUAGAAUUGCCAGCAAAACUGUUGGCUUAUGUGUGCCUAGAUAAGCUGGGCCGUAGGUACAGCCAGGCAGGUUUGCUGGUUACAACAGGGGCCUGCAUUGGCAUCACUAUUCUCAUUCCUAAAGAUUUGUGGCUGCCUCGUACAGUCAUUGCUGUGUUGGGUAAAGGAUUCUCAGAGGCCGCCUUCACAUGUCUUUUUCUCUAUACCACUGAGAUAUUCCCAACCAUGUUAAGGCAGAAUGGAUUAGGCUAUAGUUCAUUUGUUGGUCGUAUUGGUGUCUCUUUGGCACCUCUAGUGGUGCUACUGGAUGAGGUCUGGCUCCCUCUGCCACAAGUCCUCUUCUGCACUGCUGCCAUCGUUGCAGGCCUCCUUGCCCUGCUCCUUCCUGAGACCCGCAAUGUGCGACUUCCUGAAACUAUUGAGGAUAUUGAGAAAACUAGGAAAAGAUCCAUGUGUUCACCACUUCCGUGAAUUCCAGCAUGGAACCAAAUCUCUACAUAAAGUGAAAAGGAAUCUAAACA